AUGGAUCCCUUUGCCAAGAAGGUGGUCCAACUCACUGGCAUUGACCCCGAUUUCAACGACAUCAAUAAACCGCGAGAAAUUCUCGACCGGAUGGAUGAUUUUAGAAAUGUGGAGUUUGAUGUGUCUGAAAUUUCUAGCUCGGAGUAUGUUUGCCGGUAUGUGGCUGGUGAGCGGGACCUUGUUGACAUUCCUGUGUUUUCCUUGCGCACCCUCCCGCCAUAG